AUGCCUAAAGCACCAGGUUCAGUUGGUUCGGGAACAGGCGGCGCUACCGUACUCAAAAGAAAUCAGGUCCAGGACUUUUUCUCUUUCACUCCCAAGACACUCAAACCAUGUUUUAGGCCUGCCAUCAGUGCAGAAGGCGCAAAUUGUGAUGCCAGGCGACCCUGCUCGACGUGUGUUCGCUCACACAAGCAUGCUCGCGACCAUGCACAGCCUGGGGCAAACCUGCCAGAAAGGCCGGAAUGCACAUUCGACGAAGUUGCAACAACGGAGACCCCAUCUGCCCCAUCAGAUAGUCCCAAGAAUAGGUUUGAGCGGUUGGAGACUCGGAUAAAGGAGCUCGAGGCACUUUUAAAUCAAAAGGAGCAGGCAACAUCCCCGGGUGCUAAUCCACCUAGCAGUUUGCCCCCCUCGUCCAUCCAGAAUUCACCUGCUUCUAUUCAAUCUGUGCCACCGAAUUCACGUCCCGGAUCGGCAUCCACAAUGAGCUUCCCAAGUGACCUGGAAUCCCUAUUGUCACCAUCUAAUUUGGACGUGAAUGCUCAAGCGGUUCACCCGUACUUUUGGAAUGACAAUUCACAUGUCAUUGAAAGCGAAAGCAUUAGGAAUGAUACUCCCUUGCUUUCGUCUAGCACGGACGUCAUCUGGUCACAUUGGCCUGCCAACCUCCCUCACCCAGAACUCAUUCGUCAUUUGGUCGAUAUGUUCUUUUUGUUUCACCCGCACGCAUCCCGCCUUUUCCAUAGGGGAACCUUCAUAGCUUCGCUAUCAUACCCACCAGACCAUCCAGAUUUUCCCAUUGCACCCGUUCUACAUGCCAUAUGCGCCGUCAGUGCCAUCUAUACUGCAGCUGGAGGACCUCGGACGAAUGCUGCAGACUUCCUAUACGAAGGACAAUUUGCACAGCCGGAUCUGCCUGAUACAUUUGCAGAGCAACAAGCAACCCACGCUAAAGAAACGGUCGAGAAGUACUUGAACAAAGGUCAACAUUUAGUUCAAUGCGUGCAAACGUACGUUCUACUGACGUGGUACUAUUGGUCUUGUGGUAGAUGGGUUGAGUUAUUCACUUGCAGUGGCCAAUCUUUGCGCGUUGCAAUACCGUUGGGACUCAACAUUUGCCCUCCUUUUCGUUCGUUACAUGGGAGUUCCCCAACAAUGUCGAUAAUCCCGUCGCCUCGCACUCCAAUUGAGGACGAAACACGGAGAAAUACCUUCUGGCUAGCGUACGCGGUUGAUCGCCAACAUGGAUCUGGCACUGGUUGGGCGCUCUCUCUUGAUGAUGAUGAUAUCGCCCAAGUUUUCCCAGUCACGAUGGAACAGUUUGAGUUGGGGAUACCUGUGAACUAUAACGUGCGGCAGUGGUGCCACGUCAGAGAAGCGGUACUCUAUCAUCCCCCCGAUAUCACGGAUUCCUUCACGUUGUAUAUCAAGAGCACUAUGCUUCUUUCUUUCAUCAAGAACUUCAACAACCGAUACAAGAUCAAAUCGAAUCUAGGAGACACGAGAUUCCUUCCAGUGAGGAACUUUACAGCCCAGGGAUACGGUGAUCAGCCGGAUAUUCGGUUGUCUCCCGCCUUCCUAGAAUUGGAUCAGUUGCUCGUGUCGUUCCGGUCAUCGUUUCCAAGUAAUCUGAAAGACCCAUUCAGAAAUGGACUGGUGGACACGCACUUAUACACGACUUUCCUCACUGCACAUGUAACAAGGAUUUUACUUCAUGAACCUCACGCCAAUAUAGAUAGGGCCAAUUGCACCUCGGCUGCCAAGAUACUCGAGAGUGCCCGUGCAAUUCUUGAACUCAUAUAUGCAGUGUGGUCCACGAAUUAUGAUAUCGGGCUUUUGGAUUAUUUCUGCCCGUUUUGCUGGUAUCUUGCCGGUCAAUGUUUUGGCCGUUUCCUCCGCGCUGCUCAAGAUGCUGCUUGUAUCCAACAAAUAGACACCCUACGAGCAGAGCUUGACUUUGUAAGGAUGGCAUUGAGCAAGAUGGCCGAACGAGUCCCCCUUUCCUACCGGUAUCAUCGAAUGUUGGAUGCUUGCAUUCCUGAAGUCUGUGGUCCGGUAGUUGUUCAUUCGAGUCCUGCGGACGGGAGACCAGUUUCUACUGUCACCAAUCAGCAACUGCUUGCUAGUGUCUCGCAGACAAGUACAAAUCAGCCCGACAUGGCAUACUUCCUUAAGAUAAAUAACCUAGAUCCCCAGCCUUGACUUUUUUUCCAGGUUUUUUUGCCAA